UAUAUCAGCAAGCUACUUCUGUCAUGACUCUUCCUGUCCACCUGGUGUAUUUAUUGAAAACAGAUGCUGAUGGUCUUAUCUGAUAUGUCAUCCACUUUAUUUAAACAAAUAAGUUUUGCUCAAACGGAUGCCAAGUAGUAGACUAUCACACAUAGGGGAGGAAUCUCACACUGUCCUCCAAACACCACCAACAGCACAGGGACUUUAUUAGUAGCACACACUUUGACUGUGCGCUUCCGCAAAGCGGUCAGCUGAUCGAGAAAGGCACACGGAAACAAAGUCAGUUGGAAAUCUGUGGUAGAUCCCCAAACAUUACCGUUUCAUGUUGACAACAGCUGGAGUCUUGCGUGGGCAACAUUUUUGAUACAAGCUCAGAUUGCUUAUCUAAAAGGAAACAAACAAACAAACAAUGAGUGCGCUGUCAUCCAAAGUUAUGACACACAGCGAGUCGGUCGCUAUAAAUGGGACUCAAGUUUCCUACAUCGGACAUGACUGUAAGGACAUUCCAGACUUCCUUGGAGACACAUAUGGCCAAAUUGCAAGAAGGUUGGAUCUGAGCUUCAAUCAGCUCAGGUCACUGGCAGGACUCAAAAUGUUCACUGAGCUGGAAGAGCUGGUCGUCGACAACAAUCUGCUUGGAAAUGACCUCCGGUUGCCCAGGUUACCCAACCUCCACACCCUAACACUCAAUAAGAACCAACUGACUGAUAUCGAAGCCCUGCUGGAACACUUGGCUGAUGUGACCCCCUCACUGAAGUACCUCAGCCUGCUGGGAAAUGAGGCCUGCCCCAACCAGCUGGUCAGUCCGGAUAAGGAUGAGGACGACUACCAGAGAUACAGGUACUUUGUUCUGCACAAGUUGCCCCAGCUGAAGUUUCUGGACACCAGGAACGUAACCAAAAAAGAAGUGAUGGAGGCACGGGCGAGAGGAGCAUUCAUGAAAGUGGUCAAACCCAAGUCAGAAGCUCCACAUAAUGCGGCUGGAUCUGAGAGCGACCCACUACCCUACACUCCUCUACCACAGGGAUCCAGAGAUGCCCGGAACCACAAAGGGGUAUUCGCCAAGUGUCACUAUGUCUACUAUGGCAAGCACUCAGAAGGCAACAGAUUCAUCCGAAACGACCAACUCUGAUGGACAGCUGGUCGGUCAUAAAGUGGGAAAUUCAUGACAAUGGAUGUUAGCAGAAGGAGGGAGGAUCGAACCAAUCUCUUAUUUAUUAAAACUACUAGUAACAUUUUAGUCACCUGAUCUCCCACUGGAAAAAAGAUAUCAGA